UCUUUUGGAGAACAGAAACUGUAUUCAGGACUUUGCUCUACUCGGGCAAGGACAAUGUGGACGACCGCCAUGAAACUGGAGUGGCACUGCUAUUGUCCAAGGGGGCAGCCAGGAGCCUAAUGGAGUUAGAGCCUGUGUCUGACCGCAUCAUGAUGACCAGGUUUGAGUCCAGGUUCCAGAAAGUGUCCGUGGUGAUGUGCUAUGCAGAAGAAGAUGAUAAAGACGCCUUCUACACUCAGCUUCAGGCGGUCGUGGACAAGAUUCCCAAGAGGGACAUUCUCAUACUCAUGGGAGACCUGAACGCCAGGGUGGGGAGUGACAACGCCGGCAGGGAAAAGGAGAUGGGAAGGAAUGGCCUAGGAGUGAUGAACGAAAACGGAGAGCUCUUCGCCGACUUCUGUGCCUUCAACGAGCUUACAAUCGGAGGCACCCUCUUUCCCCAUCGUCGUUGCCACAAGGCCACCUGGGUGUCACCAGACCAUCAGACCGAGAACCAGAUCGACCACAUCGCUGUUUGCCAGCACUGGAGAAGCUCCCUACAGGACGUGAGAGUCAAGAGAGGAGCAGACAUAGGUUCAGACCACCACCUGGUGAUUGCAAAGUUGAGGGUCAGGCUUGCUGUAAGGAAAAGACAGAAGAACCCAAGAGUGAAGUUUGACAUCCGAAAACUGAAAAGACCAGAAACCAAGCAGGACUUCCAGAUAGCUCUUCACAACCGUUUCGAGGCUCUUCAGUCAGAAGACGCAGAGACAACAGUGCAACGGUCAUGGACUAGCCUGAGGGAUGCUACUGUUGGCACUUGUGAGGAGGUGCUGGGAAACAGGAAGCCUUGGAUCAGCGACGAGACCUGGCAGAAGGUGGAGGAGAGGAAGAAACUGAAGCAGGACUUGAACCAAGCCAGAACUCGCCUCCAGAAGCAGACCGCUGCCAGCAAGUAUAGUGAAGUGGCCAAUGAUGUCAAGAGGCAUUGAGAAAGGACAAGAGAACCCACUACAACGAGCUGGCAGACGAGGCAGAAGAACCGGCCGAAAAAGGGGACUUCAAGGCCCUGUACACAACUAUGAGACUCCUUAGUGGAAGAAGGAGCAACCCCAACAGACCAGUGAGAGACAAAACGGGAUAGCUGCUUACUUCCGUCGAUGACCAGCUGGCAAGAUGGAAGGAGCAUUUUGAGGAGAUAUUGAACCGCCCCUCACCUCAACAUCCACCUGAGCUGGAACCAGG